AUGACUGCCUCAAGCUCAACUCGUCCUACUCGCCCUGCUGAGUACGAAAAUGUGGCUACUGCCAAUCUUAAGACGAUCACUUUCGACAAACUCUUUGACAAGGAUGAGGCUGAGGUGAAGCGCCUUAUCGAGUCUUGUGAAAAGGAUGGAUUCUUCUAUCUUGACCUCAAGAGUGCCGCCUCCCAGAAAUUCUGGGUCGACCUCCAAAACAUCGACCAUACCACCAAGGAGUGGUUCAAGCAGCCUGUCGAGAAGAAGCUCGAGACCCCCACUGUCUCCCUUGCACAUGGAUUCAAGGCUGUAGGUAACCAGUCUGGUUCCAUUGAGGACAAGAAAGAUGGAUUCGAAGCCCUCAAGAUUGGCAAGAGCGAGCUAGAUGGACGAUGGGCCCUUCCUGAUGUCGUCUCGGACAACAUACAACUAUUUGACCGCUUCACUUCCGCCUGCCACUUCAUCUCCAAGCUCCUCCUCGACUGUCUUUCUGACGGACUUGAGCUCAAAGGCCACAACCGCCUUGAGUCCCAUCACCAUGAUGAUCGCAGGUCCAAGAGCACCCUGUACUUCCUCCACUACCCUCCUGGAGCCCAGGACCCCAACAAGGUCGGUCAGAACAUGCACACAGACAUCGGAACUUUAACGAUCCUUCACGCACCUCAGUGGGGACUCCAAGUCUUCUCCCCUGCCGAUGGCGCCUGGGAGUACGUGGAACCUCGACCUGGCCACGCCAUCGUCAAUGUUGGCGACACUCUCCGCUUCCUCUCCGGCAAGCGCUUCAAGUCCGCUCUGCACCGUGUCCUGCCUCUCGGAGGAAUUCAGAUUGAGGACCGUUACUCUAUCUCUUACUUCCUUCGAGCUUCUGACUCGACUGAGUUCAAGGACAGUGACGAGGAUGAGUCAAGUGCCAAGCAGUGGUACACUAAGAAGUACGCCAUGUACGAGAUGCCCCACGUCAUCCAGAAGCAGCAGACAACACUCUCGGGUGGAAUGGCCCAAGAGCUUCAGGCCAGUUUCUAA